AUGCACUCGAAUCGUUGCAGCGCCACCGGAACAUUUUUUGGUCCCACAACCUCUUGCACCGGGCGGCUCAUCACAAAGGCCGCGGCACCGUCGACGGGUUUGUCGUCGGGGCCCGCGGCUGCAGGCAGCGCCCAAAACUUUGCAUUGCCCUUUGCGCUGGCCAUCUCUGCCCCGCCCAACGCCGGCCAUGACACAAACUACCGGGAAUCGCAGUCGACAGAGCAGUUUGCGGCCACCGCGGAGGUGGUGUUGGCGGGGCAAGCCGCCUUUGCAGAGGAGCUUCUCGCGAGACUCGACUUUUGGUGCGCCCGGGGGCAGCCGCGCCGCCGCUACUAUAACCCGGCCCUGAGUGACGGGUCUCAAGCCGCGACGAUGAGUCCGACGGUUGAGGCGGAAACGGGGGCGAGUGACGCCUUUGCGGCUCCAAACACGACCAGCUCUGAUUUGAAAGGGGAGAUGCCGUUGAAGCUGCUCUUUACGCAGGUUGGAGUGAUCCAGUUUCGGCCGGUGGAGGCCGCCGUGUACCGCUACGGCAAAGAUCAGCAUCUUCUUCUUGAGGCCCUUGCUGAUGCCACUGAGGUCGUCAUCUGCUCCGUGCGUGAGCGUUCCCCGCGGUGUGGCCGGCACGACCGCGCCGGUGGAGGAGCGCAGUCGCAGCUGAACGGGGAUUCCGCCUUCGACGACUCCACCCAGUCCGACAACGACGACGACGACGACGACGACAAGGACCUGUUCUUCUGGGGGCGCUACGAAGACGUGGCCAUGGCGGCUUCCGUGCGCUGGGCGCAAGGCGAGGCGGAGGCGGAGGCGGACGGCAACGAUGCCUCAGCGACGGGGCAUGCGCCAACUUUUCGCCAGGCGGCGCGCCGCUCGCUUUCCACGCGUGAGAGGCACCAACGGAGGAAUGAGCGACUAAAGAUGGAGUUUUACUUGGCGCAAUCCCAACGCCUUGAUGCCAUCCUCGUGGACCAUCGGACAGCCAACCCGAUCGCGGCGUUGGUCCUGCUUCAGACGAAGCGACGACCGCAUGCCGCGAGGGCGGGAGCGCCUAUUGUGCAGGAGACCGCCUUCAUUGUGCAUUCCUUCAGCCACUACGUUGUGCCACUGCUGCGGCACCUGCGGGAGGAAAAGGUGUUGAUGGUUGACAUGGAUCGCACGCUCGUGGAUAACGCCAUUCUUGCCGGGGAGGGGCUUACGUACAUGCCGAGGCCGCAGGGGAACGGAACAGCGGGGGAAGACCAGCUCCACUUUGAGUUGCGGAAGGAGGUGGAAUACAUCGCCGCGGGCGCAACGUGCCAGGGAGUACGCACCGAGACGAUUUACGUGCGUCCUGGGGUGCGGCAGCUGCUGCGGUGCUUUGCCGUUGAAUGGGGCAUCCCUGUCGUGCUCGUGACGAAGUCCUCGCGCCGGCGCACGGAGGCCAUUCUGUCGCAGGCACUAGACCCAACUGGGGAGUUAUUUCCGCCCGGGCGUGGCCGCAUCUUUGCGGCGGAGUUGUUGCUGCGUGCGGCGGCUGGGAAGGCGUCUUCUGGUGAGGCUCCUCCUUUGUCAGCCCCGCCGCCUGACUUGAGCGGCGAGGAGAUUGACAGGUGGCAGUCGCAGGAAAGCCUUGUGCAGGCGCGGAAGUGUACCACGGCGGUGCUGCAGGAGUUGGAGCGAGUCUCCACGCACGGGCAGGGACCAGCCCGUUCGCCUCCCAGGGCGAGGACGGUGGCGGUGCUGGACGACGCCCCACAGGUGUGGGUGGAGGCGGAUUGGCCCUGCACCGUCGCGGUUGCCCCGUACACGCUGGACCGUGUGGACCCGCAGGACUACUUUACACCGAGUGGCCUGGUGGCAUCCCUGUUAUUGUCGCAGCUGUACAGGGGCAGGUGCGUGCGGCGCCCCACGCCAUACUCUGAGGAGGACGAGCGCCAGCGGAGCUCGGGUGCGGUAAGGCAGGGAGGCUGUGGCGGCGCGUCCGGCCCCGUACCGGACUCCCGCUUCGCACCACUGAGAAACUCAGUUGUGGACGACGACAACGCUGAUGACGUUGCCACGGUCAGCCGGAGGAGUGCGCUGGAGAUGCCUUGCGCCGGACGCCUCAGCCUACCAGCGGAUCGAGACCCCUCCGCUGCGCCCUCGCCAAACAACGACGCCCCCGCAACGGAUGAGAUGCUGCGUGCAGAGGAGGCUGUGGUGGAGGAGUUCCAUGAGUGGCGUGAACGCAGCCGUUGGGCCACCGCGGACGUGGAGGAUGUGACGCCGCUUUAG